AUGGCCACCUCUGCAUUAAUCUCCUACGCUAUGCCAACAGCCGUUACCGAUCCACUACCAGAACUCUUCACAAUAAAUAGUUCCCAAGCCGAUCUAGAACCAAGAAAAGACAAAAACCACAAAAAGAAACCAACACCACAACUCUGUGCACAAAAAGACCUAGCUUUCGGUGAAAAAACCUGCACUUUCGUCUACCAGUUCAACGGCGACAGCGCCACAUCCUUCGUCGUUGAUACCGAUUGCGUGAUGCGAAAACCGGGCCAAGUUCCAAAUACAGUCUCCACAUCGCAUUGGUCUGAUCAGUUCAGAACAUGUAAUGUGGUGAAAUUGAAUGAGGUUAUUCAGAGGACUUGGAAACCGACUGGUGAGGAAUAUUUUAUGCCUCUUUAUCAGAGUGAUGGACGAGCUAUGACAGAGGGUCAGCUUGGUCCCUCGGAGAAUGGUCGACUUAAUGCUGAUCCGAAAGAGGCUUGUACUUUGAAAUACAAUGAUCUUCCCGAUAAGGGGGCGUGGUAUGCAUGGAUUUGUCCGUUUAAAUGCGACUGUUAG